CACAGUCCGAAAAGUAAACACACAAAACACGCAGCUACACAUAGCACAACCCGCAGUACCGCGGAAACCAAACAAAAAAGAAAAAAAACACAACUUACACUUGAAGCCUUUGUUUUCGGUUAAGGGAACCAAGAUGCCCCGUGUGAAGCCCACCAAGAAGCUCGAUGUCCUGGGAAAUCUGGACCUGCGGCCCGAGGAUGCCGUAGGCGACUAUAUAUGCUCGAAGCAGCAGAACAAGUUCUUUGUAAUUCCGCCCAACUCGGACUCCGCUGGCGAUUCCAUUGAGUUGAUUUACGUGAACAAUCUCCGCGAGCACGAUGCCAUGGUCAAGUUGCAGGAGGAGAUGUUGACCAGCGCCAAGCGGCAGUCCAAGUUGAACAUUGCCAGGCAGCGGAACAUGUACAAGAUCCAGGAGCGGCUGAGGAAGCGCUUCAUCGAGGUGAACAGCUUCAUCAAGGAUUGUGCGGACAAGAAGCGAGUGGCGGAGAAGACUGCCCAGAGAGAGACCCUCUACCACAAGGAACUCGGCGAGGGCAUUGAGAGCUUCAUGACCCAGAUCAGCGAGCUCAAGGCCUUUCGGGAGGCUCUCAAGGCCACCGUCCAGGAGUUCCAGCCCUACGAGAAGGUGCUCGACGAGGUGGUCAAGGUAUCCGACAUAUUCGUAUCCCCGAAGGACUGCAUCGAUCGCUGCGAUGCCCUUAUGCUGGCUCAAGUGGAGAUCAACAAACUGGAGCAUGAGAAACUGGUCGAGAUCGAAAGUAUGCGGCAGCGUAUGGUGCAGAUUACCAAUGAAGCGGCUCUUUCGGUGUUGGGCCUCAAAAAUGAUCUAGCCAGGCUUGAGAGGUCCUACAACGAGUCCCGGAUGCAGUGUCUCAGGUGGGAGAAGAUCCUGGCCAUUACCAAGGAUGCCAUCAACAAUAGUUAUAUGGAGAAGGAACGCACAAUAGAUGCAAUUACCAACCUUCAUCGGAUUCUAUGUCGUCGACGAGAUAUACCUUUCUUUGCUGCUCGCGGUGAUUUUGGCAAACUCUUAGAUUCCAUUAAAAACGAAGUAGAGAUAUUGACUGGAGUUAUGAAGGAGAUGGAAUCAUCCGAUUCCGCAGUUAAACAAGGUGAAGUGAGAGAUCAAACUUUAUGCUAAGCUGAUGGAAAAAUUCAAAGUAUUCAAGGAAUUAAAGAUUGAAUAAGUUAUAAAGCCAAUAAAAAUAUUUAUAAAAUAGUACAUUCAA